ACGCAGUCAGUUUUUCUCUAGCGGCCGGGAGAAAAAUUACAACAUGUCUAUAUCAAAAUUGUAGGUUAGUUUGCGUCCUUGCAAUGAAUUCGCUCGGGUAUUUCUAUUCAAACACGGCGAUUUCAUGAUGUACAUGCGUGCCGCACGCACUGUGAUGUUUGUGAGGUAAAACUCAGUUUUUGAGUGUUUCAACGUGUUUUCGUACUUCCCACUGAUUGAAACAUGGAUGCAGAUGACGUUAUAGACAUUGACGAUCCCAAAUAUCGCACAACUCCGCUUCAACAAGUUCUUGCAUCAUGCACUGGAGCUGUGGUAACAUCUCUUUUUGUGACUCCUUUGGAUGUUGUCAAGAUAAGAUUACAAGCUCAAAGCAAGAAUAUGACUUCAAAAUGUUUUCUAUAUUGUAAUGGACUCAUGGAUCAUAUAUGUGAUUGCAGUGGUGAAACAAAUAGUUGGUCACGAAUGAAUAAACAGAUGCAUUUUAAUGGCACAAUGGAUGCAAUUUAUAAAAUUAGUAAAGUUGAGGGUGUAUCAAGCCUGUGGAGUGGCUUGAGUCCAACUUUAGUGUUAGCCAUUCCAGCAACAGUGGUUUAUUUUGUCACUUAUGAGCAACUACGUUUAAAACUCAAGGAUAAUUACAAUAAGGAUAGACCUGAAGGCACAGCAUGCACUCAACCAAUAUGGAUUCCUUUAAUAGCAGGUGGAACAGCCAGAAUAUUUUCAGUGUCACUAGUCAGUCCACUAGAAUUAAUACGUACCAAAAUGCAGUCUACAAAACUAACCUAUUAUGAAAUUGGGGAAGCUCUGAAGAUUCUUGUUCAGCAAUCAGGUAUUAGGGGGCUGUGGAAAGGUGUGGUAGCCACUUUGAUGCGAGAUGUGCCAUUUUCGGCGAUUUAUUGGACAGGAUAUGAGAACAUUAAAUGCUUUUUAAAUAAUGGAGUUCCGUCAUUUUGGAAUAGUUUUAUUGCAGGCGCUAUAUCUGGUGGGCUGGCUGCUGCAGUUACAGUACCAUUUGAUGUGGUAAAGACUCACCAACAGAUAGAAAUUGGAACUAGAGUUAUUGCAAAUCAAAAGCAAGGCCCUCCUGUAUCGACGCUGUCCCUAGUUCAUAAGCUGUAUCUGACUCAUGGAUUGAAAGGAUUGUUUGCCGGAUUGACGCCACGAUUGAUUAAAGUGGCACCAGCCUGCGCCAUUAUGAUUGCCACCUUUGAGCACAGCAAAGUUGUCUUCAAUAGGUAUAACGUUGAGAAAUAUCAUGAAUCGCAAAUGUCGUCUUCGGCACCUGCGAGGACAGAUAAAGCGCCAGCGACGAUCGACAUCAACGUGCCGAACGUUACGAAACAAUCGUCGGAACUAUUAUAAAUAAUACUACUGCAAAAUAUUUUGCAAGUUGUAUAUCUACCGGGCCAAAUCUUGCAUUGAUGCAAAAAAUUUAUUACUUUGUUUAAGUUUUAUUUUUUGGUUAGUUAUUUCGUUCGUUAUGAAUUUAUCUUUUACUUAAUGUUCUAUAAGGUUUUCUGUGUCCUUCAUAAAUAUAUUAUUCCGUUAGCUAGUUAUAUCGAAAA